CGUCACGUUGAGGGGGGGGGGGUUCACUCGGGGGGUCUUGCCCCUCUCCAUACCUCCCAGCAGCCGGCACUUGGGGUUGAAGACAUAGGAGGGCUGCUCCUUAUACAGCGCCAUCUCCUGGGCUGGCGGGCAGCGGAAGAAGAGAGAAGAUCUGGACCGAGCCAAAAGGGAGCUGUGGGGAACUGUAGGUUAUGAACAACACUAAAUACGACUGGCUGUCCGUGAAACCAGCGGAACCAACACCUACUCAGUGCUGCGGAAGCGGCUGCUCCCCCUGUAUAUUCGAUCUUUACCAGGCUGAGCUAGAAUUAUGGGAGAAAGCUAAAGAACGAGAUGAUCCCAACCUCCUCCGAAAAGUCAAAGUAAAGACCCAAGAUGUACGUCUGAGUCCAGAAACAUUCACAGAAUUCAGGCUUUGCUCUGUGGAACGGGAGACGGAGGACACAAAUCGCUACAGAUUUCAGCUGCCAUCUGGUGGGAGUUUAGGACUGAAGUUGGGACAGCAUCUUGUACUAAGAGGCAUGGUAAAUGGGGUGGAGAUCCAAAGAGCAUACACCCCCAUUAGUUCCAUUGAUUCCAAGGGCCAUUUUGAACUUUUAUUAAAGGUUUAUGAGCAUGGCUUGAUGUCGCAGUAUAUAAAAUGCUGGAGGCAAGAAGACUAUGUUGCAUGGAGGGGACCAUUUGGAGGUUUCUUAUACAAACCUAAUAAGUACGGGGAGCUACUGAUGUUGUGUUCGGGAACAGGCAUAGCCCCGAUGCUACCAAUCUUGACCCAUGUGACGGACGAUGAAGACGAUGAGACCUUCUUAACACUGGUGAUCUGUGCUAGAGAUUUUCAGAAUGUUUAUAUGAAGAACUUCCUUAAGGAGCAGUCAAAAUACUGGAAUGUCAGGAUAUUCUUUGUCCUUAGCCAAGAACGAUCCUUGGAAAAUCUGCCCCUGAGUUAUAAGGGAAACUCAAAGCUUGGAAGAAUAGACUCUCUGUUCCUGGCAAAGGUACUGGAGACAUGUAGGAGAAGACCCUACGUGCUUAUUUGUGGUUCGGUACCAUUUACAGAGGACAUGACUCAUAUGUUAAAACACCUAGGACAUAAGGACACAUCCAUUUUUUGCUUUUAACAAAUGUGAAUCAAAUAUGAAGGGAAAAUAAUAUUUUGUGGCAGAUGAAUAGCAGUCGCUUUUCUUGCAAAGUGGAUCCCUAAAAUGAGGAGAAUUGGUGUCUGCCUCAUGUUUUUGUGGGUUUUUUUUUGUUUGUUUUUUUACUUCCUCCGGAUCAACACUAUAGGAUACUAUAGGGCAGUGGUCUUCAACCUGCGGACCUCCAGAUGUUGCAAAACUACAACUCCCAACACUAUAGGA